AUGCCAGGUCUCCCAUCACCGCCCGACGAUGUCGAUCUUACGGCCGACAAGAGGCCAAUGGUCAUCGGGGCAUCGGUCGCCACCUGGAUUCUCGCCGUGUUCGCCGUCUUGCUUCGCAUUAUUAGUCGGAAAAUCAAGGGCCUUAAUCUAUGGUAUGAUGACUGGCUUGUUGUCGCCGCUUUGAUUCCGGCAGUCGUCCACGUCUCCGGCGUGGCAGGGUAUGGUCAGUGCGGUCCCUUUUUUGACACGUUGGUUUCCGCUAACAUUCUAGAAGCUGUAAGUCGAGGAGUUGGCCAGCAUGUCUGGGUAGCGAGCCCAGAAGGUACAUAUGCCUGGGCAAUAGGGCUGUUCAUUGGCGAAAUCUGCUACACCUUGACGCUACUUCUUGUCAAGCUUGCCAUUCUUGCCUUUUACUGGAGGUCCUUUAGCAUCAAAAGAUCGGUCAAGAUAAUUAUUUGGAUUCUCGUCGCGACAACUUCUGGUUGGGCUUUCAGUCUGCUCGUCGCAACGUUUCUUCAGUGCAUACCGACCCGCGCGUUUUGGGAGCGAUUCAACCCAUACAACCCCCUCCUGCCCUCCGAAUACCAUUGCGGCGUCGACUCGUUACCUUUCUUUAUUGGGAAUGCUAUUCCCAACAUCGUGACGGAUAUCGUCAUGAUCAUUCUGCCGAUUCCUUACAUCUGGUCCUUGCAAUUACCAGUCCAACAAAAGCUGGCUUUGGGAGGUGUUUUCGUUGUUGGUAUUUUUGUUACGAUUGUUUCCCUGGUACGAUUAAUACAGGUCAUCAAUCUUGAUCUGACAAAUGUGGACAUCACUUGGAACUUUGCCAGUGUUGGAACGUGGACAAUUGUCGAAGGCAAUGUCGCCAUUCUAUGCGCCUGUCUCCCCUUCCUCAAACCAAUCAUCAAUAAGAUCACAUAUGGCAGAUUCGGCUCAACCGCUGAUAAGAGUGUCAAUACGAAAGGCAGCUCAAAGCCAGAGCAACGACGGCAGGCCAGUGGUGCAUGGGGGAUAGACAAAAAUUACGGCGGCUCGACAACCUAUGUCAGAUCAAACAAAACGGACGAACGGCCUUUCACCAGGCUUGACGGCGACGAGUCAGAUCAGGGUACUUCCGGAAGAUCGAAUACAGAUCUCGAACUACAGGAUAUGCGACACGCAGACGGAUCCCCGGAUGGCAUUUUAGUGGUUAGGGACGUGAUAAUGGAGACCGAGCACAAUCCUAAAAGCGUGUAUUAG